AUGUCUUCUCAAGCCAAGCCUUUCUCCGUCUCUGGCAAAACUGCCAUUAUCACUGGAGCAGGUUCAGGAAUCAACUAUGAACUUGCCAAACUCCUCCUCUCAAAGGACUGCAACGUCGUCAUAGCAGACCUCUCCCUCCGUCCCGAAGCUCAAGCUCUUACCACUCAGCACACUUCCUCUCCCAAAGCAAUCUUUGUCAAAACAGACGUGACCUCAUGGAAAGACCUCUCCAACGCUUUCCGUACUACUGUCCAGGAAUUUGACGACUUUGACAUCAUUUGUCCUGGUGCGGGCGUCUAUGAACCGAACUGGUCUAACUUCUGGCAUCCGCCUGGAUCACCUGAAAGUAAAGACGACCCCGAGGGCGAUGGGUAUAAGUUACUCGAUAUCAACCUCACGCAUCCCAUUAGAGCAACGCAAAUGGCAAUCUCGUUUUGGCUGCACGGUACUGGGCAGAAAGCUUCGCUUGAAAAUCCCAAGCGUGUGAUUCACAUUUCUUCCAUCGCUGCUCAAAUCCCCACCUUCCGAACACCCAUGUACGGCGCCUCCAAAUUCGGCAUAACAGGCUUCGUCCGGUGUCUCUGGAACUUGGAAACCACCGGCAUUCGCGUCAAUGCCGUAGCACCAGGCGUUGUACGCACACCACUCUGGACAGAACACCCCGAGAAAUUGAAGAACGUUAGUCAAGACGAUGCGUGGGUUACACCCUUUGAAUGCGCUGAAGCUAUGCUUGAAUGCGUGGAGAGUGAUAAACACCCUGGAGGAACGGUUUUGGAAGUUGGAAAGGGAAAUACGAGACAGGUGCAGGUUUUCAAUGAUCCGGGACCGGACUUUCAGGAUCCGACGAAGGGAUUUUCGACGAGUAAUUGGGAGGAGGGUGAUGCAAAUGUUUGGGGUUGGCUUGGGGAGAAGGAUAUUUGGGGAUCUCGUCUUUGA